AUACCAAAUACAUAAAGAAAAAGGAAAAGUUCAAACCUCUUCCAAGAUUCAAAAUUUCUAUAUAUAUCAAAAAUCUCAGUCAAGCCUAAGGAGAAAACCACAUACUACACUCUUUCUUACAUCCACUUGUUUUUGCUAUUGCACCUAAACAAUUUUUCUCCUAUGGCAGAUCAUCAAAGAAUCCAUCCAGUACGUGAACCAGAACAAGAACCACCAGUACCAAAACCCACUGUUCCUUUAGUUCCAAAGGGUUCUUUCAGAUCAGAAAAAGGUGACCCUGAGAAACAACAAGAAGAACAACAACCACCUUUGAGAAGAAGAACAAUCCCAUAUUACCCUCCAUUAAAACCACCUAAGAGAAGAUGUUGUUCUUGCAAAAGAUGUUUGUGUUGCACAUGUUGUCUUUUAUUCCUCCUCAUCAUAGUCAUUGCUGCUUUAGCUGCUGCUUUUUACUUUGUCUUCCAGCCAAAAAUACCAAACUACUCUGUUGACAGCAUGAGAAUCACACAGUUCAAUUUCAACACUGACAUGAGCUCAUUAUUUGCUACUUUCAAUGUGAAUAUUACUGCAAGAAAUCCCAACAAGAAAAUAGGAAUUUACUAUGAAAGUGGUAGCCAGUUGAGUGUUUGGUACACAGGUGUUAAGCUUUGUGAAGGGUCAUUGCCAAUAUUUUAUCAGGGUCAUCAGAAUACUACUGAAUUAAGCUUGGAUUUAUCAGGACAAACACAGAAUCCUAGUGAUUUGGUGCAGGCACUGCAGGUUGAUCAACAGAAAGGAAGUAUUCCAUUGAAUAUCAAGGCAAAAGUUCCAGUGAAGCUUAAGAUUGGGAAAUUAAAGCUUAUGAAAUGGAAGUUUUUGGUUAAGUGUAGACUGGAUGUGGAUAGCUUAUCUGCAAAUAAUGCUAUCAGGAUUAGGAAUAGUGAUUGCAAGUUUGGUUUUAGUCUUUAAUUCAUAUUCCAUUAUAGUCCACCACUAUUCUCUUGGAUUUUUAAAAUUUUUUUGUUGAUUUUUUUUCUUUAUAAUUAUUUUGUCUUCCUUUUCUUACAGAUUUUUUUCAAUAUCUGUAGACACUGUUGUAUCACACUAUUUUGCAUUGAUAUAAAUAAAUAAUCUGUUUCCCCUUA